UCAAGAGAAAGUUCCCGGGAGCUCUUCAAAAUAGUUAGUGGAGCUGGCGGCAGGAGUGAGCCUGGUCGCUAUCGCCCGGCUGGCCCCAGGAUUGUGGAGCACCUGCUGCAGAGAGGACGCCGCUGCCGGCCACCUGUGAGACCUGCCCCGCAUCCCUUACCUGCUCGCCCUCUUCGGAGACCCAUCCUCUGCGGCGGGGAGAAACUGACUUCCCUGGGGCACCAGGUGCGCUUCCGGGAGAUCAUGGCCCACAUGGGGGACUGCAGGUGGAUGUCCUGGCUUCCGGUGCUGGUGGUGUCUCUGAUGUGCUCAGCCAAGGCAGAGGAAUCCAGCUGUGGCGAGAACGAAUACCACAACCAGACUACCGGGCUGUGCCACCAGUGUCCUCCCUGCAGGCCAGGGGAGGAGCCCUACAUGUCCUGCGGGUACGGCACCAAAGACGACGACUAUGGCUGCGUGCCCUGCCCCGCGGAGAAGUUCUCCAAAGGAGGUUACCAGAUAUGCAGGCGCCACAAGGACUGUGAGGGCUUCUUCCGGGCCACCGUGCUGACGCCAGGAGACAUGGAAAACGACGCCGAGUGUGGCCCCUGUCUCCCUGGCUACUACAUGCUGGAAAACAGACCCAGGAACAUCUACGGCAUGGUCUGCUACUCCUGCCUCUUGGCACCUCCCAACACCAAGGAAUGUGUGGGAGCCACCUCUGGGGUUUCUGCCCACUCCUCCAGCACAUCUGGGGGCAGCACCUUGUCUCCCUUCCAGCAUGCUCACAAAGCAGAGCUCUCAGGCCAAGGACACCUGGCCACCGCCCUGAUUAUUGCCAUGUCUACCAUCUUCAUCAUGGCCAUCGCCAUUGUCCUCAUCAUUAUGUUCUACAUCAUGAAGACUAAGCCUUCAGCUCCAGCCUGCUGUACCAGUCCCCCAGGAAAGAGCCCAGAAGCACCAGCUAGCACACAUGAAGAGAAAAAGGAGGCCCCAGACAGCGUGGUGGUGACUUUCCCUGAGAAUGGUGAAUUCCAGAAGUUGACAGCAACACCCACAAAGACCCCCAAGAGUGAGAACGACGCCUCCUCUGAGAACGAGCAGUUGCUGAGUCGCAGUGUGGACAGUGAUGAGGAGCCAGCCCCGGACAAGCAGGGGUCCCCAGAGCUGUGCCUGCUGUCGCUAGUUCACCUGGCCAGGGAGAAGGCUGCAGCCAGUAACAAGUCUGCUGGGAUCCAAAGUCGGAGGAAAAAGAUACUGGACGUGUAUGCCAACGUGUGUGGUGUUGUUGAAGGUCUCAGCCCCACAGAGUUGCCGUUUGACUGCCUUGAGAAGACCAGCCGGAUGCUCAGCUCCACCUACAACUCCGAGAAAGCGGUCGUGAAGACGUGGCGCCACCUUGCCGAGAGCUUUGGACUCAAGAGGGAUGAGAUCGGGGGCAUGACCGAUGGCAUGCAGCUUUUUGACCGCAUCAGCACCGCGGGCUACAGCAUCCCAGAGCUGCUCACGAAGCUGGUGCAGAUCGAGCGGCUAGAUGCCGUGGAGUCCUUGUGCGCAGACAUACUGGAGUGGGCCGGGGUGGUGCCGCCUGCCUCCCCGCCCCCAGCCGCAUCCUGAGGAGUGUGCCUUGGACUGUCCCCCCCUGGGACCGGCUGGGGAUCCAACGAGGCCACUGCAGCUGUGAGCGAUGCCAUCGGACUGCCAAAACUCAAGGCUUUUCCUGGUGGGUCGCCGUAUUCCUUAGGCUGACCUGAGGAGCCUGUUGAGUGCUCAAAUGAACAUGUGGGGCUGACACGGGUGAAGAAUCGGAUCCCGUCUUUAAGGAGGCCCCUGGUGGGAGACAGAGGGCAUGCUACAGACCGUAUCACCAGCCCAUCAAAUAGGCCAAAUGAAGGGAUGCUGAGAAAAUGUAGCCAAAGCUCUAAGAAGGGUGAUGGCUUCUCGUGGAGUUGAGAAAUGGGGGCAAGCUUAUGAAGAAAAUAGCUUGACGGUUUUAGUAAGAUGGCCAUGAAGUCCAGCCACCCCACUUCCUGCAUUGCUUCAGACGGAGCAGUUUGUUGGUGUGCUCUAUGGUUUCAGGGGUAACUUGACCUGUGUUUGUGGUCGCCCACAAUGACAGAAGCCUUGCAGUCACUAGUGGAAGAACGUGGUGUAUGUCACUGGCACACAAGGCGUGUCUGCCCAGCCGAACCCAAGUGUGGGCAGAUCUGGCCUCUAGUGGCACUCACAGACACAAGCAGUUACAAUGUGUCAGGCUGUUUUUACUUCAAACAGGUGUCUGUUCUCUCUACAAAGGGAAAUGGUGACUUCCUAAGAGUUUGACCAUGCCUGAUUCUAGACUUCAGGGGUGGCCAAAAUUCGUGGAUGAGGCUUGUGUGAGUUCAGACACAGCAUCCUGAGCCAGUGAGGGAUGGUGGAGCCUGAAGUGCAGUACAGACCUGGGGCCUGGAGUCCUGGCCCUGGGGGAGUCAUGGGGGGGGGGCUGUCUUCUCCUCCCCAAGACUGAGCUUUUCUCCUGCAAAUGAGAGCUUGGUCUUCAUGUUUGUUUGUGGUCAGGAAAGUUAAGGCUCAGGUGAGCAAAAGAAAAUGGAGGCAGGACAGGAGAGGCCAAGGGAGCCUCCAUGGGGUAAAUACAGUGUGGGCGGCCACACAAAAUGAGAGUAUGAGGGAAACUCCUAUCCGGUAUUCUCAUGUAAGGGCAAAUGUAGGACAGAGUAUUUACAGAGACAAAGCUUAUAAACGGGCAUUGUUCUUGGCAGAUUCUUACUUCACCUCUAACUGCCAAGAAAUGGGAAGUCGGGGAGCUUUCCCGCCAGGGGGUUAAUGCCCAGCCGGCUGCUGGGCUCCCUCCUGAAGGCUGACGGUAGUGAUCGUUAAAUUACAAUAAAGCCUCUGAUUUAGAAAGCUGUGGGUUGGCUUUUCGUUUGUUUUUUUAAAGUCAUAGGCCUUUUGGGGUGGGAAUCGGUGGUAUAUUUAAAACCAUCAAGCCAUUUCCUACCAUUGAAUAUAGAACAGACUGUGAGAGGACCAUAGUUAGGUCCUGAAUAUUUAAUAUGAUCAUUUUACUGUGUCUGUUUGUGCUUUUUUUUUUUUUUUUCAAAGAUGGUGUUUGCUGUAUCCUGCAAGUUAAACAGUCUGUUUAAUUAUCCUUUUAAUUCCUCUUUGAGAUCCUGCAGUGCCCCUUACCCCUGGUCAUCAGUAAUGAUGCUGAGCGUCCCCUUAAUUAGACUGUAAAUGUCAUCUGUGAUGAGUGAGCAGGUCUAGGAGAGCAGGAUCCUCUCCCCCCAACUGUCCCUCUGGUGAAGAAUGGGCAGCUGCAGUCGGCAGUGUGGGCUGGCUUCAGUUCACCCUAUUAGAUUUCAGGGCUUGAGGGCAGCCAGCGUCCAUGUUGUUUCAUUGACUCCCAGCUUGCUGAUUUAGGGGAGCUAGUCCCUUGUCAUUUACUUUAUUUGGCAAUAAAUCCAGGAAAGGUUUGCUACAAUGAGCUUUGCCUAUGCUGUGGAAAUCAGAACCAGCAAGACCGUAACGAUUCUCACUGACCAAUGCUGGCACUCCAUGCUGCCAUUUUUGUCUGGAGACUGUCAUUAUUUUCCAGUACUUAAAAUUAUUUAGUAAACACCCAGGCUAGGCCUGAGGCCCUUAGCUGGUGAAGUCGUAAUUACGAGUAUUUUAUGUAAUUUGUUUAUAUAACUUAUUAUAUUUUUAUAUGAUCGAUAAAUGUGUUAAUAAAAAGAAGGCUUCAGAUUGGUA